GCCGCAUUUGAAAUGACAAAGAAGAAAUACAGCCGAUAGCACACAGCGACAUUAGCUAGGAGAUCAUCUAGUUGCAGAGAAUCUUAAAGAUGGAUAAAAAGAAGAAACCAUUUCACGUGACUGCUUCAUCUCUCGUGGAUCUCAAAGCUGAACUUUACAGAAAGCAGGAACAAUUUAAACAGGAAAAACUUGGACAGGAAUCUUCUGCUGCUGGAUGCCCAACAAAAUCCAAAGACAAGAAAUCUAAUAUCUGGAGCAAACAGAAUGCUGGUGUUUCAGCAAGAGCUGAGAAAGAUGCUGAGCAGCUGGCUGAGGAGCAGAACAGCCUGGAGACAUCAAGACAGAAGCUGGAGGAGAAGGCCAAACUCUAUGAACAAAUGACAAAAGGAGACUUUCCUGAUGAAGAGACAGAGGGACUGUUCCUGGUGGAUUUCACCCAGAAGAUAAUCGACAAAGAGAGAGAAACGCUCGCUAAAAGGGAGACAGAGCGAGAUGAGGAAAGACACUUGUUGUCUCUUGUCCCUCCUCCUCAAACCCCAGAUGAGGAAUGGGUGGAUUAUGUGGAUGCUCUGGGCAGAUCUCGAAGAUGCAUGAAGAAAGACCUGCCGGGUUUUAAAAAGAUGGACCAAGACCUUACAGGAAAAGGAAAAGCCUCAACCGACAAGACGUUACUCUCAGAGGACAUGCGUCGAGAGCUGCAGAGGCAGGAGUGGGAGAGGGAGGAAGAGGAGGCUAUGAAGAGGCCUAUUGGACCCAUCCACUAUGAGGAUAUGCGAGGACAAGAGGCUCGAGAGCUUGGUGUCGGUUACUUUGCAUUCGCUCAGGAUGAAGAGCAUCGCAGGAAGCAGAGAGAGACUCUGGACAUGCUCAGAGACCAGACAACAGAGCAGCGCAAUAAGAGGGAACAGCUGAAAAACAAGAGGCAGAGCAUCCUACAGGCCCGACUGGCCAAGGUGCGGCAGAGGAAGAUAAAGAAGACCAAGCUGGAUGGCACUGAGGAGGAGAAUCAAGAAGAGGAGAGGGAAGAUGAACUGAUAGGACCCUCUCCACCGCCAGAGGACCCUCCGGAGGUCAGCAUAUUGAAGAAAGUGGAAGUGGAGAUCCAGGAAAGGAAGGACACUAAACCAGGAAUUCCUCACGUGAGAGAGUGGGACAGAGGAAAAGAGUUUAUGUUCAGUGAGUGGAAAACACGCCUCCGUGAAGAGCGGGACUCAGAAUUUGCACCUCCCUCUGCGUACAAUACGGAGCAGAUGAGAAAAAAACCCGAGAGGAAUACAUCUUACAAGAAUAAAGCUCAGAUGUCUUUCAAGUGGACCAAAGGCCCAGGAGGAGUCUCUGACAACAAAGGAGAGCCACAGUCUCAGCCUCAAACUGCCCCCCCUCCUCCUCCUCCUCCUCCUCCUCCUCCUCCUCAGCCACAACAAAAUCCUCAAUAUUCUGCACAGCCACAGACCUCAUGGCAGGCACCACUUUCAGAUCAGCCAGCAGGUUCAGCUCCUGUGUCUGCUCCUGCUUUCAUUCCCCAUUAUCCCCCUCCUAUGUUUUAUCCUCCCUUUUCUCCCCAGUUCACUGGACCACCUCCCCUGCUUCCCCCAGUUCCCCCUCAGUACCCAAACCAGUAUUUGCCCCAGCAGCAGAACCAGUCUCAGCCUCAGCAGCCCCCCCAGCCUGCAGAUCUCAGUCAGGCCAAGCAGCCUGGGCAGAGUCUGGACGACAUGUUGUCCUUCUACAGAAACUCUUUCUGAUCUCUAAAAUCUCAUGUAUGCCAUUUCGUUGUUUUCUCAACUAUUUUUAAUUCCCCCCCUUUAAUAAAUAUCAGGCAUUUAACGUGAUACUGUUCUCACAU